GCGGUUAGCUAGUAAACUGAGUGGUUCAGUGGUUCAUUGGUUCUGGUUCGUUCACUGGUUCAGCUAACUCCUACCAUUUUCUACAAUGCGUUGCUAUAUUCAAAUCUGUGGACUGCUCCUGCUCUGCUGUCUGUCGCUGUUCCUCAAGUUGGGAAUGUUGAAUGCCGCAUCAAUUGGCCAGCAUGUGGAUCAUGCUGGUUGCGUUCGUGUAACGAUCAUCAAGGGACCAACAACAACAACAACCACAACCACAACAACCACAGCUAGACCACCUGUAACUAAUGCCACUGUGGCGCCUGGUUAAAUUCACAAGAAAAGUUAAUUAUUUCUUUGUGACUAGUACGAAAUAAAAAGGAACGCUAAAUAAUGAA